AUGCCGCCUCGGGAAAUUCGACAAGUGGGCGACCGCGGCGCCGCCGACUGGUACACAGCGCUGCCGCCCAUCACGCGCGGCCUGCUGACGUGCUACCUCGUGACGGGGCUGGCGGCCUUCAUGGGCGUCAUGCCGCUGCAGUACGUCUACCACAGCUGGCAGCUGUGCUUCAAGAGGGUGCCAGAGGUGUGGCGGCUAGUCACCAACUUUACUUUCCUGGGCAAGCCCAGCCUGGGUUGGCUCUUUCAGCUCGUGUGGCUCGUGCAGUAUGGCGGCGCGUAUGAGCAGGCCAAGUUCGCCAGCAACACCGCCGACGGAAUCACGGCGGUGGCGGUGGGCAUGGCGACGGGCAUGUCCCUGGACCUGCUGUCCUACCUCUGCCGCGCCUUCCUGCCACCCGUCAGCCUGUUUGGGUUCAUCAAGCUCAACGGCAGGCACCUGCCCUUUGCCUUCCUGGCCCUGGACCUGCUCAUGGGGCAGGACAUCUGGAGCGACGUCAUGGGCAUCCUCAUGGGCCACAUGUACUGGUUCCUCACAGACGUGUACCCUGUUGCCAGCGGGCGCCACGUCAUCCAGACCCCCCGUUGGCUCAGCCGCCUGUGCCUGCAGCACGGCAUCGGGCGGGUGCCCAUCCAGGCGGUGAACCCCAUCAACCCCAGCGACGUGCGCUUCCGCGCCUUCCAGGGCCGCGGCCGCCGCCUCGGCGACUGA